CCAAUGAGAAGCAGGGGCGGAGUAUAUAUCGAAGCUGGCACAGUUUGGAGACGAUUUUGUGGGAGGACAUAAAGAGUUUGUUAAACGGGUCGUUUGGGAGCAGCCAUGUCGCUUGCAAAGGUGAAGAUUGAAAAAACAGAUUUGGAGGCGAUGAGCGCUCGCAAUCGCUUGGAUACCGUUCUUCAGGGACUGUUAGAUAAGAGCGAUGUAGACCGGGAGCAGAUAGAGGACGAAGCAGGAAAAUCUACAGAUACCCAAAGCAAAGAUUUAUCCCCCAGUGCUGCUGGCAAACGGCCUUCAGCGCGUCUCUCCCAUCAUCGCCGAAAGAAAAGGAAGGAAGACGAUGGAAUAACAGAGGGAGCCCAGCAUAAAGCAAACACCUUCAUUAUUCGGCUGUUUGAAAGGAGUGUGGACCUGGCUCAGUUUACAGAAGAAACCCCUCUGUAUCCCGUUUGUCGUGCUUGGCUUCGUAACUCACCAGCUGCAAGAGCGACUGAACGCCCACAGACGCCACCCCCACCAGAAGAGGGCGAAGUUAAUGGGAACACUCAGGAUUUUUACAGGUUGCCCCCACCGUUAUCGUGCCCGGUGACAGAAAAAGGAGAGCCAGUAAACUUGAGAAUCCCCUCGCCCCUUCCACGAGAUGGGGAACCGCUCAAUCUGAAUACGCCACCAGAACUGACCCCAAGCAUGUCAAGUCUAAUCUACCAGAAUAUGGAUCGGUGGAAGAAGAUUCGACAGAGGUGGAAGGAUGCAUCAUACCUCAACCAGCAGCGCUACACACAGAGUAUGAAAAUCCUGAAGGAGAUGUAUGAGCGCCAGUGAGGGCCUGGAUCACCGUCGCUAGAAGACUCCAGGAGCGGAGCACAGUGUGAUCACGAACGCACCCUGCUCACAUCACUGCAGUCAUCUAUAUCCCUCAUUGGGGAAAAAGCUACUUAACAGCUUUUACUGUGUCUUUUAAAUACUGUUUUAUAAGGGUUUUAAGGUGACCGAGCCAAAUGAUCUUCACAUGAACUGUUCUCAAUUUUAUGCUCUUUUUGAGGGAUUUCAUUUAUAUGAAGUUGACAAUUUUACCUGUCCUAUAUAAUAUCAUUAAAGAGCUCUUUAUGUCAAA